CAGGCUGCUGCGCGGCCGCGGGCGGGAGGGCGGCAGUCGCUGAAUCGGAGCCGCGAAACCUGGGACUUGUGGGCGCUCGGGCGCGCGGGAGCGGAGCCCGGCCGUGGGGGAAGAGCCGCGCGGGGCUGCUGGCUCCUUCGCCUCCCUCUUCCCGUUCCGGAGGCGGGUGGGGGUGGCGCGGGUCGGCGCCCGGGGACACAGCUCACCUGUGCUGCGAGCCAGCGCGUGGGACUUGGAGGGAGCGGUGAGCUCUCGCGCCGGGCACAAUGGGCUGCACGCUGAGCGCCGAGGACAAGGCGGCGGUGGAGCGGAGUAAGAUGAUCGACCGGAACCUCCGCGAGGAUGGCGAGAAGGCGGCGCGCGAGGUCAAGCUGCUGCUGCUCGGUGCUGGUGAAUCUGGGAAAAGUACAAUUGUGAAGCAAAUGAAAAUUAUCCAUGAGGCUGGCUAUUCGGAGGAAGAAUGUAAACAGUACAAAGCGGUGGUCUACAGUAACACCAUUCAGUCCAUCAUUGCUAUCAUCAGAGCCAUGGGGAGGUUGAAGAUAGACUUCGGUGACUCAGCUCGGGCGGAUGAUGCACGCCAACUCUUUGUGCUUGCUGGAGCCGCUGAAGAAGGUUUCAUGACUGCAGAACUUGCCGGAGUUAUAAAGAGAUUGUGGAAAGAUAGUGGUGUGCAAGCCUGUUUCAACAGAUCCCGAGAGUACCAGCUGAACGAUUCUGCAGCAUACUACUUGAAUGACCUGGACAGAAUAGCACAGCCAAAUUACAUUCCAACUCAACAAGAUGUCCUCAGAACUCGAGUGAAAACUACAGGAAUUGUUGAAACCCAUUUUACUUUCAAAGAUCUUCACUUUAAAAUGUUUGAUGUGGGAGGACAGAGGUCCGAGCGGAAGAAGUGGAUUCACUGCUUUGAAGGAGUGACCGCCAUCAUUUUCUGUGUGGCACUGAGUGACUACGACCUGGUUCUAGCUGAAGACGAAGAAAUGAAUCGAAUGCAUGAAAGCAUGAAGUUGUUCGAUUCCAUAUGUAACAACAAAUGGUUUACAGAAACAUCCAUUAUACUUUUUCUAAACAAGAAGGAUCUCUUCGAAGAAAAAAUCAAAAAGAGCCCUCUCACUAUAUGCUACCCAGAAUAUGCAGGCUCGAACACAUAUGAAGAAGCAGCUGCAUACAUUCAGUGUCAGUUUGAAGACCUCAAUAAGAGAAAGGACACAAAGGAAAUAUACACCCACUUCACAUGUGCCACAGAUACUAAGAAUGUGCAGUUUGUUUUUGAUGCCGUAACAGAUGUCAUCAUAAAAAAUAAUCUAAAAGAUUGUGGUCUCUUCUAAGUUUUGCCGUGAAUGGUUAAAAUGCAUUCUCAAACCAAAUGAGUACUUAUAUGUGGAUCUCUCUAGACUAGGGUCUUGCAGCAACACAGAAUGUAGUAUACGGCAAACACAUCUGGACCUGACCGAAGUUGUUCUGUUCUGUUUUAUAACCUGAGUAAAAAUGUGAAAGGUGGUCCUGCAUUGUGAACCUAAGGGCAGUGUUAAAGCUGGGCUCUAGUGUAGUGAUGAUUUCUGUGUAAGUGUAAAUAUGCAAAUGUAUGUAUACAUGUAUUUAUAACUUUAGUUUUCCACAUUACUUUUAGGUUUUAAGAGUCGCCACUUACAAUUCUAGUGUGAUUGCUUUGGAAGUAACAGAAAUAUUAAGUACUUUGUAUACUCAGUGCCAGACUAUUGCCACGUUAACCAGUUUUGAACAGCUUUAUUUAUAUUCAUGCCCUGUAAAUUUUAAGUAUAGCAAUUCAUAUUAGGAAACAUUGCAGCCCUUAUCUUGAUUAUCUUGUGAUCCUAAAAAUGUCAUUUGUAUAAACAUUGCACAGACUAUUUUAAUAACAUGAUUUGUUCUUUAAAUUUAAUGCUUUAUUGAAAUGUUCUUAAAGAGGAUGAAUAUAACUUCCUUUGGAUUAAUUAUUUAAACAUCGUACACAUUUUUUUUCUUUUAAGAUUUCAUGCUGAUCUUCUACAGUAGAUUUGGUUUGAAGAACUAAAAUUGCAUAUUUUACUAUUCUUAGACUUAUAAAUACUUAAUUUUUAUUCAGUUGGUUUGUUUUCACUUUGAAUUUUAAUAUUUGGAUGAUAUUCAGGCAUUGACUUAAAGAUGAUGCCAAAUUAAUUUUUAUACACUUUAAAUAAUUACCUUUUUAUUUAUAACUAAGUUUAGGUGGAUGAUGAGAGCAUUUUUGGGUAAAAAAUAUAUCAGCAUAAUGAAUUUGUGACAUUCAUUUGUGUAUUUCCUUUGGGAAAUCCCUUGUACCUAGCAUAUAUUGAUAGCUCCUUGUUUGGAAGAUAACAAGAAAGAUCUUUAAAUAUUCUGCUGCUGGUAUAAUGCAAGCUUUUAAUUCAUAUAUGUAACUAGUUUCAAAUUUAAUUAUCACACUUGACUAAAAUUACUUUUUUCCCUUAGAUUAUUCAAAUUUCCUCCACUUGCUUAAGUCUAUAUUAUUUUUUAAAUUGUACUAUUAUUUCUGAGAAUGAAGCAGGCAAUUACACUUAGAAAAUGAGUAAUAGUAUUUAAUAAAGUCAGUGAUUGUAUGUCUGUUCAAACAAGUGUUACAUAUCAGCUAGAUGUUGAAUGUCAAUAGUCAUUUUUCUUUUGAUUACUCAUGAUGUAUCUUGUGACCUUGUUUCAUCAAAAUGAACAGCAUUCCCCACCCUACUUGUCUUUUUCUCUCAUCUUGAACGAGUUAGCCUUUCAGUAAGCUGUGGGUAAGUUGUUUCUGUCAUUUUGUUGGAGUAUAUUUGUUGAAAUAUGUGUGUGAGGGGGUGGGUAACCACAAACUGCAUUUAUAUCUGUUUCAUCUUGGGGAUUUGUUUUUCUUCUUUGUAAUGUGAAGAAAUUCAAAAUUAUCAAAAUUUCUUAAAUGUGUUAGUUUAGAUUCUUUAUGUGCCUUUAUCAUGAAAGAUAUGUUUUCAUUAAUUUUACUGAUGGGAGACCUGUAAUAUCCAUAUUGUGAAGCUAUGUAUGAAUUUCAACUAUAAUGAAUAAAUUUGAAUCAUGACAAAUAGUUUAAAAAGCCACAAAGAAGCACAUAUUGGUGAUCAUAGUUGAUGAAUUUCUGAACUUUAUUCUGUGUAACUGUUAUUAAUAAAUCCUAAUAAAUUUAAAUUUUUAAAAUUUUAUAAA